AUCCCUUUGAAUGGAUGUAUUGAAGCUAAUGAACUUGAACUUCAUUUGAGAAAGGGAGUUCGAGGGGGACAUCUUAAAAGACAACAAGAUACCAAGGCAAGAGGCACAACACAACACGGAAUCCUGGACUUCCCUAGAUCAGUUUAUGGCUAAGCUGUGUAGACAUCAUCAGAUACAGUUUAUGAACGUACUAAGCUACAUGCACAGUGAAGCAAGUCCAGACGAGGAGCCCUCGGAAUUGUCAUCACAUGAGGACAUGGCUACAUCCAGCCCACCCCCUGUCCUUCAACAGCCUAAAAACUCUGAGGACCGAACUGGGAGAGGAUCCACCUUACAAUCAUGUCCUUCCUCAAAUCAAGAGAUCCAAACACCAAACAAAUUGAACAGCGAAAGCAUCAAGGAAGAAAACCAGCCAGCUCGGGAGGAGCUACUCCUGCUGGGAACUGAAGCAAACAGAGUUGCUUCUGUUGAAAAGCCAACACCUAAAGGCUGCUGUAGCAGUGGAAAUUAUAUAAAAAACUGCACUGAAGAGGCAGGGUUCUCCUCUAUAGGUAUGUGUACUACUGACUAUAAUAAAACUGGGAGCAUGGAGUGUCUACAAAAAGAAACUGUGAAUCAAAAGGAGACCGAUAUCUCACAACUAGAUCAGACCUCUAGUGAAUGUGCACACAUUAGUACUGUUGCCCGAUUAGAAGGAAUAUGUUCUAACAGCCACGAGAACAAAACAGAGGCUGCAGUUGCUGGCAAAGCUCAGGUUGAAACUCCCCGAGUUCUUCCUGAGGAACUUUUGAACUUGAGUAAGAAUUUGUCCAAAAAUCACAGUGGUUCACGGGGCAGUUCCAGAGCUGUGUCUGAUCACAAAGCAAUUAAACACACUUCGGUUCAGGGUGGAUCUCGAGAACAUACCAGUGCUACCAAAAGAACGAUCAAAAGUAGCCAUGUGCUCACAAUGGAGUCGAGCACCAAAGAUUGGUUUCCCUCGAAGUCGCGUGCUGCUGUGCGUGACGCCAGUGGCCGUCUGAGAUUGAAGCCACAGGCUCCUCCCACAAAAACAGCCAGAAAAAGCACCAGGGUGUCUGUACUGCGGGCUCGCUCUUCCAUGCCCAUGUGCCAAUAUGUGAAUGAGCAUGACAACCAGUGUGAUAUUGUUUACAUCAGCAAGCCCAUCACAGAAUGCCGUUUUGAUGCUCAGAGGUCCUUAUCUUCCAGUCGAAAGACUGCACGGAAAAGCACACGUGGACAUCUCUGCAAUGAAGAAUAUUGGGAGCUAAAGACUGUCCGCACUUUGGCCAAGAGUCCAGCAAUGGAGGCGAGAAAGGGCAACUGUCCCUCAUUAAUUCCCAUACCGCCUGCCCCAGUGACCCCGAAGCAAGCACUUAUCCUGCCUGUCAGUGUGCCCAUUUGUGUUUCUGUGGGCGCUGGAGCUGGAGCUGGUAUUCAUGGGGACCCUAAGGUGCAGCUGAAAGUCUCACAGGAAGACUUUAGUUAUUCAGAGAGUAAAGGGGAGCUGGUGGUUGAGCCGAGUCAGACCUGUCGUUCACGGGAGACUGAGGUGCUUUUCCGGACUGAAAACAGCCCACAAGGGGAUCCCGAGAGACCUAGGGAUCAGACCAAUACCUCUGAUUCCAAAAGCCGUUCUCUGGAAGUCAAGAACACGCCGGUCUUAACCUUACAAAUGAACAACUGCAUCACAACACGUGCUGAUUACCGAGCUCUUUGUGACAGCUUGCCAGCUGAACAUGGUGCUUGUGAGAGCCCUGAACUAUCGAAGCCACUGGGAGAGUGCAGGAACACGCAAAGGAACCCUUCUGAACUGGAACAGUUAGUAAAAGAAAGUGAUGCCACUGAGGACAUAUCAUCAACAGUAGGCUCUCCAAACAAUUUGCAGCCUGUUCCAGUUGAUCAGAACCAAAACCCAUCUGUGACAUCUUUAGAAAAGGUGAGCACCAGUUCAUUUUGCAGUAUUGAGGUUAAGAUCACUCCUGCUCACGAGCACUGCAGCACUCGGCACUUCGGCAACAGUGAAAUAUUAAACAUUAACAAGACCACAAUGAGCAAUAGUCUCAGCUGUCCGCUAUCAGAAGAUCAGCGUACUGGGGAUGCAGUUGAAUCUCUUGGAGACGUGAAUGAGAUACAGGUAGAAAAAUUGUUAACUGAGAUUAAAGGGCCCAGCAUUUCAGAACAGACACUUGGUGUUCCACCUGAAGCAGUUGCUUGUUCCGUCACUCCCUGUGUAGUUUCAUGUCCGCCAAUAAUGUCCAGAUGUAAAGAUGGGAGCAGUCACCUUGCUUCAGGAGGGUCUGUGCUGGAGCUUAUGGAAGGACCUCAUCAGGGAACUGAUAAUAUGAGGUGUAAUAUUGCAAUGAACGGAUCAGCUUUGGAGAAGAUGAAAUUGGAAGACCUUGAUGAAAAUGUGAUUGACCAAAAGAGGGAAGGAGGCAAUAGCACUGAAGGAACUCCUGAGGAUGAAAAGCAGAGAAGCCACCACGAGAAGACACUAGGCCUCACCACAUCAGAGAAGAAAAAGCAUCGCAGGAAAUUGGAGCUAGCUUCUUCAGACAGAUGUUUACGGAGUCAGCAGCCUAGGCCACAAGCUGUGACUUGUCCCGAUGACACAAAAGAACAGCCACCAGUUUGUGUUGAUGGAUUACUGGUACCCUGUCUCAGCAUAAAACUCCUGAGAAGUCAAGGCGAGAGAGGGUACAAAAGGGAGGUGUGUAUCAACAGAGUAACAUCUGUUCAGUUUCCUACAGAGUGCUUCAACAAAAUCCUUUUGGAAAGCAUUGUUGACCCUGAGAGCAGAGUGUGUGAGUCUCUUACUUCCACAUCUGAGCAAGAUAUUGCCAAAGCGAGAAAGGCAACCGUUAAGCCACUCUCCAAAAAUCCCCUUUUGAAAGAUUUUGAAAACUUGCAAGAUGACGAGUCGGUGGAUGACAAUCUUAGCAACGAAAGAGCGAGCUAUGGGCAAGGUCGGAUUCUCGAGGUCAGUGUUGAUUCUCGAUCAUCGGCAGAACGAAAAGUUUCUUUCUCUGCUCACCAUGUCAGAAACGAUCAAGAUUCGGAAUCUUCUGAUGGUUCGGUGGAUGAUAUGUCUCCUGCUAUCCAACAGCAGACCAGUUCAGGGAAGACAGAUACCUGUAAAGAGAACUCAAAAUGGGCAAGAGGAAGCAUGAUGAAAAGAUUGACGAACGUGGGAUCACUGCACCAAGCAGCUAAAGGAAUGACCCCAAAAGUACCACCAGGAGAUAAGGUUCUUGCUGGAUCUCGUACCUUGAGAUGUUCAAAUAUGUCCAACACAGAACCAGAGGCAAUAAUGCUACAAGAGGACAGCAAAUGCUUAAGUAUGAAUCAACCUACUGAAUUUCACCAGGAGAAUGAAGAAUCUGAGCUGCUAGGUCUGAGUGAUGCUGAUGCUCCUGAACCAAGUCGGCCGAAGUUUUUGGACUGGUGCUCAGAGGAUGAGAACCAGGAGCUGAUCACCACCUUGAAUGCCACGUAUGAGAACAUUCACAAGGGUUGGAUUCAGAUGGAGAAGGAAGUGCCAGUAAUGCAGAAAGCAAAAUGCAAGUCCGACCGGCUCAAGGAGAUCUGGAAAAGCAAGAAGAGGGCACGCAAAGCAAGAGGGCUGUAUGACCAUAAAAUAUCCCCAGUACAGAAACUCUUUAUGACCAACUUCAACCUUGCCAGCAUCUGUAAAUGGUUCAUGGAAACAACUGAGACCAGGUCUCUGAUCAUCGUUAAAAAUGUCAGUGCCCGGAAUCCAGUUGAGACCAUGAAAGCUAAAACCUUCCUUCAGAAGAACUCCAUGAUCGGUCUGUUCCCCAGUCCCCAAGCCGAGCGGCUAAAGAAACACCUGAAAAAGUUUGCCGUGGCAUCUCCUGCUCGAAACAAUUGGAAGACUCGGGCACUGCUGGACAAUGUGCAGAGGAGAGCUGCGACAGGGGCGGAUGGAGCAGGACAGCAGCAAUGGAGCUUUUCCUUAGAUACUAGAGAAGGCCUGACUCCCAGGGACCUUUUUCUGGCCAAAGUGGAAAGUGACCCUGUCGAGGAGGGUGGAUUUCCUGGUAACAAUACAGCAGCCCAGCCCUCCAAGCAUUUGGGGUUGAAGAAACCGGUCAGUGCAUGGAUCUUGCGGAAAUAUUCCAACAUGAGAGGCAAGCUCCACAAAUUGCAGCAGGGGCAAGAGCACGCUGGGAGGAAGGUCUUAGCCAAGCACAAGAGUGUCUGUAUGAACCCCAUGGUCUCUCCCAAGCUGACCUCGCAGGCCCAACUGGACUGUCCUGGAGCCCCUCUCCCCAUUGCCUCUCGGAAGCCUGAAGAGAGCAAAGGGAAGAGGAAGGCACCCAAGGACAAUCGCAUUAAGGAACUCCGUGUGGGUCGAGUCAAGAGCAGCAAGUCUGAGGCAGGCCCUCCUGUCCUGCUGCCCAAAUCCAUGCCCAAGCAGUUGCCUGCAAACCGGAAGUCCAGAGUGGAGGUCAACGCUGUAAAGGCUGCAGCUCCCAAAAAGGCUGCUGCCAGUGGAAAGACCAAUGUUCUGUCUCCAAAAAGCACAGAGAAGAGGCUUUCUGGCGCUAACCUGAAAAAUGUUCCAAGGGGCAAGGGCUCAUCCCAAGGUCGGGAUGCGGCAAAAGGCAGGAUGACAAAAAGAAACAGCAGCAAAGAGUGUCGGAUGAAACCUAACAAGAAAACAGCAGGGCCUUCAGUCAAGGCCAAGAGGGGCAUUAAGACUGAUGCCAAAAAGGGAAACAAGAUGGCCACCCCAGGGAAGCGUAAGCGAAAGGGUGAAGCCACCUCAGAAGCUACGCACAAAAAGAAACGGAAGUUAAAUGAGAAGAGAGACCCUGUUCCCAAUAGACGCAAGCGGACUGAUGCAAAAUGACACACUUCCUGAAGGACUAACUGUAAAUUAUUGUGUCUUUAUACAACAGCAGUCAACAAAAGAUUGUUGACUGCAGAAAGCAUUAAUUGUCUAAGCUGCUUUUUAUAAUCUUGAAGCAAGCCUUUGAAAUCGCAGAGGAAAGAACUGAAGUGUGAUUUUUAAUUUUAUUUUUUUAAGCACGUGAGCUUAUAGCUUGUUGUAAAGAAAAUACAGGGAGCUUCCCCCAACUGUGAAUAGAGUUUUUAUAUGGUGCUACGGAUGGUAUUGUUUUCUUUUUCCUGUUUGUUUUUUUUAUAUACAUAUAUAUAUGUGUGUGUGUAUAUAUAUAUAUAAAAUAUUGCCCUGGCUUAGGACUGAAAUGAAAGCUGCAAGCGCAAAUUGAAAAGAACAGUGCCUUAUUUAAUGACGAGAGGAAAAGAAACAAUUUUUUGCGUGUGUGUAUCUGAGAUUAAAGGCUUGCAUUCACAAUG